GCAUUCAGGAAAACAAUGCAAAUGUAUGAGAAAUCAGACGGUGCGUGAAAAAGGCAUUUACUUUUAAAAUGUUCCCAAAAUUAAUUAUUGAUUUUGUUUGCUUGCCUUUAGUGCCCACAUAUUUGCCAUCUACUCUACUACCUGACAAGAAAGGAGGAUGGUAUGAAUUAUUUGAGACUCCUUGCAAAGAUUAAUACAUUAAGAUUUUCGGAGAAUCCUGAUGUUUUCUAUGCCAUUUUGUAAGUUACACAGUUCUAAUUUGCUUUUUAAUUUUUGUUAGUGCGACCAUUCAGGAUCAGAAAGCUUUUGGAUCUGCACAAUCGUUUGGUGAGGUUUGCCUCAAGGCUCAUCAUAGAUUCUGUCUUAUUAUGGCCCGGCUUCCUAUGUUUCCUUCCUGGUUUUGGUCGUGCAUUAUACAUGUAACCUGUAAAUUAACUAAUGAUAAUAAGGAAAUUAUUGUAUAGGACAACCCUCCAAGCUGCGACCACUUUAGGCGCAAUGGUGACUAAAAUUUUGGUUCUGGCGACUUGAUUCGGAAAAUAGUCACCAAGUUGGCGACCAGAGAAAACUGAUACUUGAGGAAACAACAUGGAUGUUACUUGACACGGAUUUUAAGUUACCGUGUACACUUGUGAAAACAGUAAAUGCCAGUUAGAAACAUUGUUUUGGCUGAACAAUACCCUUCUUAAGCCCAAAUUAAUUCUUAACCAAUUAUUAAAACUUUAAAUAUUGAUAUAUAUUUUGGCGCCUAAAAAAAUCCUUUGGCGACUGAACCUAAAGAGUUGGUCACCAAAUGGCCACCAAAGGGAAAAUUUAAUUUGGAGGGUUGCAGGACUGGUUUUGCUUUAAACUAUUAUCCCUUGUAAAACUGUGUUAACUAAUACCAUCUACUAACGUGAUACAACUCACUUCGACUCUGAAGAUGACUUAACCCCACAGGGUGUCGAAAUGUCAGUCACUGUCAACAACAACAGUCCUAUUCAGGACUACCUUCACCCAGACGAUCAUACUCAACCUAUUUAUAUAUCCCUUGCAUUUAUUUUCAUUUUUCAGGGGAUCAAACCUUACUUGGCUGGCUUACUCUCUGUGUACAAAAUACACUGUCCAAACCUUGUUACCAUUGCUAUGCCAGCUUCAAAUAAGGUACUGUCAGUCCACCCACCUACUUUAGACACCAUCAUGAAAGAGCUCAGUGUCCCCACUGUCCACGUCACAGGCGUGUUAACAGGGGUGUUAGUAUUACUCUUGAUAUCUAGAUUUAAGGUCUCGGUAAAUGAAAAUUUUAGUACAUUGCUCGAUUUUGUUUUUUUUUAUUUUUGGCAUGAGUGGGUCCUAAAUUUUAUUUUGGCAGAAAAAGAAAAUCAGAAAGUGCUUUUUAACCCUUCUAAAAUGAGCCUUUUCUGAGCUAACCAGCCAAGCGUGGACCUCGCGCUAAAUCUUUAGAGCUGAUUUUCUCUCACUCUAUUUUAGACGCAAAAAUCAAAAUUCUCCGACGUCCAGUCGGGACAGGUUUUAAGCUAUCGCUUUGAAACUUUCAGAUAUGAUGGAUAAUGAUAUAGACUCAAAAAGGGUGUGAGGAAUUUUCCGAUUUCCCUUUGUAACUCAUUUUAUGCCAGUUUCUUUGCGUAAAUCGCGCUCGAGAUUCGACUUUUUAGUUUGAAAUGCAAUAAUUCCGCUAAUACGAGACAUAUGCAAAUUUCCUCACACCCUUUUUCAGGUCUUUUAUCUGUCAAUCAGAUGCAAUAAACAGGAAGUGAAUAUUUAACAACGCGAAAGGGCUGGAGCUUCAGCAGUAAACUCGAUACCUCUGAGUUCGAGAGCAAAAAGCUUAAGCGCCUUUUGAAAUUCGAUGAAAUAAAAUCUUUUAUAAGGUAAUUUAGUCUUUUAGCUUUAAUUUGAUAUAUAACUUGCCUUUGUAGCGAAAAUACUCGCGCGACUAGAAUUUUUUUCUGUGGGUACCUCGUUUUCCUUUACCGAGACCUUAAGUAAAGAGUAUGGAAAGUUUAGAACCAAGAGAGCUGUCUGUAAAUUAAUUCAAAGGUAUUUUUACUGACUACUAUGGAUGUGUUUGUGCUGGGUUUAAAUAUUAUGGGAGUGGCCAAGCCCCUGUAACCCUAUCCCUAAGUUAGUGUUAUUCAGUGAGGUUACAGGUGUUGAUUUGAUUCAGGUUUUGUUGACUUCUGGGUCAAUAAAGAGAUGCUUACUUAUCAAUUAUACUUAUUUAUUUAUUAUCAAAUUUAUCUGCUAAUUAAUUAGUUAACGUAAAUUCUAGAGACUGUUAACCUAUUCUGUAGUGAGUUAUAUAUAAUCAGAAUCAGUCUCAGAGCAUAUUUGAACAGGAUUUGUCACACUAAGUGGAGGGAACUUAAAUUGGUCAACACUAUUACGACUUUGGUUGGAAUUUUUUUUGCCAAGCAAGUUUUUUUAACCUUUUUGCUUUCACAGAAAUUGUGGUUCAAGCAAUCAGAUUCAUCAUGGAAAGAAGCAGUAAAGAAAGUUCAGGUACAUGUAAUUGAUGCAUUUGCGGAAUUCAGAUGGUGGAUGGAUAAAAGAAAAUUGAAAAAGGAGGGAGCAGAAAACUGAGACGAUCUGUCUACUUCCUCUCUCACUGAAUUAACAGUUUUGGGGACAGUGUAAAAUUUGCUAAGUAGUGCUCUAGGAGCAUCUAAUUUUAAGUGAAUUUUUUUAUAAAGUAAAACAAAACUUUUGGAGAAAAGUUGCACCAUAGUCCCCUGGUUAACCCUCUCCCCCAAAAUAGUUAGCUACAUUCUUGGUAAAGCACUAGCCUAGCUUAGUCUGGUAGAGGUAGUCUGUGUGGUUAGUUUUCCAAAGGGUUAGGGAAGGAAAUUAAUCAGGCAUCUCGGAAUGAAGCAGUAAAGAAAGUUCAGGAAUGCUAGGGGUCCCUUCCACCUCUCUUGGUUUUAAGCAACUAACAAGGUUCCCCAGGUAUAGCAUCAACCAGUGUUCAUUUAGGCAUUAGAGUUCGGAGAAUUGUCCGCUUACCCCGCAGAAUUCUCCGGCUAAUGAUCAAUAGCCUAUGACCAUUUUUUACUCAGACGUGGAGCCUCUUUAAAAAUAUUCUCCUGCAAUGUUACACCUUUCUCUUGCUACUAGAAUUCUUAAUGAAAACCCUGAUUUAACACUUUGUCAGUUAAUCAGUGAAGAUCUUGUCUAAGUUCACAUGAUCCUCCUCCGGUCAUUUUGUUUCAACACUAUUGUCUAUGCUUAUUUUUUUCCAGAGCAAAUAUAAUCAUCAGACUUCAUUGGAUAGCUACUUCCUUAGAGCUGAAAAACCAGACAAAGCUCCGGUAAGAAAAUAGUUUCUGAGCAGGUAAUUAGCUUCUAACAUUGCCAGUUCCUAUUCUUAUACUGUUCAGCGACAAUUUUUUUUUUUUAAAGAUAUACUGUUAUUCAUAAUUUAUUACUUUAUUAUCUUUGUUUUAAGUUUAAUACCCUGACGUGAGUAAGUACUAAAUCUUUCUUAUUAUCCUUCAUUCUAUCCGUUUAUUCAUUCACUGACCAUGUUUUAUCCAUAUAUCUGUUUACAGGUCAAUUUAAAUUCAGGUUAAAAUGUUUAAACCUAGGUUGAUUCUCUAUUUCCUUUGUGUCCUAGCCCUAAUUAUUCAUAAGUGUUCACAGGCGUAAAAAUAAAAACUGUGCAACCAAAACUAUGUUCACCAAUUUCACCCGACGUAAUUGCUUCCGCAGGUAUGGAAGAAUUUGUUCAUUAUUCUAAAGAUAAGAUAACAUGCAAAAUACUUGCAUUCUUAUGAACUGAACAUGAAAACAAGAAAAUCUUUGAGUGUUUUUUCCCUCUCUCUUGUCUUGUAGUCUACAGUCUACUGUCUUUACUGCAAUCUUAACGUUCUAUUAUUGCAUGACUCAACCCAGUGCUACAAACAAAGGACAACGCUCGUCCAGCCGUAGUUCGUAGUCCAAAAAUUCCUCGGACUAACGUCCACUGCCUUAAACCCCUCCCCCCUUCCCUAAACGUCCAGUUGACGUUAAGCGGGAAAAGUGAAUACCGGUAUGCUGACGGCUCCUAAUCGUUGCGAGUUAUGGGCUGCUCCUGGAUACUACCCUUUGUGAGUGACGCUGUUGUAAUUGCAGGUAGCCAAGAGAAGGAAACUGAGAAGUAGCAGCAUUCCUGUAGUACAAACCACCUACAUAUCUGAAAAGAAAAUCUCCGUUGAACAGCUUUCUUCUUUUAACGAUCUUCUAGGGAAUAUUGACAGCAUUGAGGUGCGUCUUACUCCUUUAUAUGACCAUAUUUUAGAAGAGGACUGGUUUUGAAAGACUGGUCUUACUCUUUUUCGACCCGAUUGAAUUAGAUUUGUUUCUCCACGGUUUUUCACAGUUUCCAAGUCAAGUCGCCUGUGUCCUGAAUUCGCCGUUUUUACAGCAUGUCCUUACCUCUAACCCAGAUUUUGUGAUGCUUCAAAGACUGAACUUUUGGCUCAAUCAUUCUCUAUAUGAAGGUAAUCACUCUUUCACUGUUUCUCUUUCACUCAAAUUUGUUAUGUGCCCGGCAAAACAAAGAGCUGAGGUUGCUCACUUAGACAGUCUCGUCAAUCUGGGAUAGGUGUGUGUCUCGACGUUUCUUAAAGCCUGAAUCGAGGUGGACUUAGUAUGAAUUCAUUCUGAGGUCAUUAAACAUUCUCCUUGCUGUGGAUGCUUUUCCAUGGUCAAUAUCUUCUUUUCUUGGUUUACAUAUUGGCUGAUUAAACCUGUAUAAAAUGCAUUAGCCGCAUCUACCAAAAAUCAGAAAAAGGCCGAUCGGUCUGGUCAUUUGGAAAAUGAAAUGGGGUUUUUCCUGAUCUAGGGAGUUUUCACUAAAAACCUAGCCUGCAUAGCUGUCAGUUUUCUUGUGAGAAGCGCCCAACGCCGCUUCGUCGCUCGUCUUGAGUGCUCACCAACAAAACCGCCAGGCUACGCAGGCUACUAAAGCCCAUCUCUUCCGCCCAGACUAUUUAACCAUUAUUCUACGAGUGCGCGUUGGAUAUGAGAUGGUAGGUAGCCAACGAGGUGCGUAGCGCCGAAUUGGCUAUAAUCAUCUUAUAUCAGCCAAGCGCGAGUGAAAUAAUUGUUUUAUUAAAAACGUCCUCAAAAUAUCGAGAAUUCUUCCCGACUCUAUUUGUAAAAACAACCAAUUCAGCUUGUUUUUAAUUUUGAGCAGACGCGUACAGUUACCAUAAAUUAUUUGGAGGGCAUGGUAUAAUGGCUCAUAUACCAUGAUGGCUAAGCCAAUCAGAGCUCUAAAAUUGCGUAAUCCAGUAAUUCGGUUUUUAAUAAUUAGGAAUAGACUGGUCUAGUUGGACAGUCCUGAUUAAAAGUAGAAUUCUUUUUACAACUGGACUGGCGGACUGCAAAUUCUGACUUAUGAUAAGCUCCUCUAGUGUUAAGAUAGUAUCCGGGCCUACUGCUCGUCGGAACGCUCUAAUUUGCCGUGGGUUUUUAUUUAUGUACUAGACUUUCUGAGUGGACCGUCAUCUGAGUCAGUGGAUCCAAGCAGCCUUUUGUUGUUGCAAAAGUUGAAGCAGUUUACUUGUUUCCUUCAGGUAAGUUAUUUUGGAGUGAACUGUUUACGCCCGUCUCUUAAUGCGUAUUGACGUUUUAAAAAAGAAAGGGAUUAUUUUGCAGUCUAACCAAAGGGAGGAAUGAGUGCUUUUUUAAAAAGCGUAUAGCCUGUGUCUUUCGGGGAUAUUACGGAUUUAACGAUCCGACAACGCGACGGCAUCGAAAGCGUCGCUUCAAAUUUGAAUUUUGGUUCUUUCGGUCUUUAGUACGAUUACUCCAACUCACUUACUUUGUCAAAUGUAGGCGAACCCUCCCAGAGUUGAAUUUCUGAGAACCAUAUUCAGAUUUAGAAAGAGGAUAAAAUUUCGUCGUCGCUUGUUUACGUCCUCCCUAAAGAGUAAAAUUAGGCAAUUUCACGUCGUAGUUGCGCAAAAACGGCAAAGAAAUGUACAGAAACGUGAGAGGCACCUAAAGAGCGCGCUCGAGCGGCUGAGACGCAAGGGACUUUUUUCGUGUACUUCUCGGCGCGAGUGAUUUGCCACUCGAAUUAGAGUCCAGGUACAUCUGUACUUACGAAUUUAAUAUGCGCUGAAUACAUCCUUAUACAGACACUAUGCAAAGCGACUGUGACUUCCACCACUAGAGUUUUGCCUGCGUAGCAGGCCCGGUAUUAAAGGCAAAGGGAAAUUUUCGACUACGUGCGGGCGCCCGAGGGCAGAAGCUGAAGGAGAGGAGGCCCCUCUCCCCUUCGCGCUCUAUAAAACCUAACCAAAUAAUCUAACCGGUGCCUGCCAUGCGGGCUAUAGAGUUUUGACAUGGUUGCCACAGGUCAGGAAAUGGUUAGGAAAAAAAUUGUUCAAGCCAAGGUCAGGGAAUUAAGGGAGUCAGGGAAAAUUUAAGUAUUUGAGAGAAGUCAGGGAAAAGUGAAAUUUUAAGAGGACAUAUUGAUUAUUUUCCCUCUACUUUUAUUGUUUUCUAACAUUCAAAGUUCUUCCGUACAUUUUACGGGCAAGAGGGACUUCAUGUUGUGUUGAUAGAAAAUUGUUCGUGAAAUUGAACGUUGCGCUGAUGUUGGGUUUUCAAGAAAAUCAACUCCAUUUGCAUGAUGUCUGAAGGAACUAUCGAUUCAGGUACAUUACACGUGACUUGCUGAAAGCAUAAAUAUAUGGGUGGAGAGGAUGGCUGUGUGAGGGGAGGAUGGAGGCCAUCAUUAGGACUAAUUUGUGAAACUGUUAAUUCAGUUGGUCGGGGAAAUUUUAUGUUUGUCAGCAAAAAGUCAGGGAAUUUCAGAAACUUCUGGCUGUGGCGACCAUGAAUGUUUGAGAUUGAUGGAAGCUUUAGAUGCUCUUUCCACGUACAUAUGGAAUAUGCCGUCUGUUGAUAUAAUUGUGAAUGCGCUAAAAUGUGGAGAUAUAGAGUCUAUUUACUCCUGCCGGUAGUUCAUGUCUCUAAGUUUGCAGUACGUACACUUUUUGUCCUUUUUCUAGGAGUCUAUCCCGGCCGUUGAAGCAUUCCUGGUUCGUUAUCUUUAUACCUGGAAUGGUUUGGACUUUAGGCCUCUGGUGCUCCAGCUUGUUACUCGUCUUAGCCUGUGGCCUUUUCAACGUGAGUUACAGUCUUUGCAGUUACAGCACGUCAUCCGCCUCUGUUGUAACAGUACCAGUAACUCGCUUCAAAAUGUUUAAAACCGUUGUAAGAAAUAACUGAGAAACCAAAAUAGCUUGAUCUUUUUAUCCAUUUUCAGGCACGUUGGCAUCUUUGUCCCUUUUCGUUUUUAUUGGUUCUUGUGGGACGUAAAAGAACCCACACCACUGUUCGAAAAGAGUAGGGGACGUAGACCCCGGUGUUGUGGUCAACCUACACACAUCACACAUCACAUCAUUCACAUCAACGGCUGGGUGGGUACAGUAAGCUCAUAAAUGGACUGAGAGCGGCUGCCAGUGGCGCCUUUGUAUGCUGACGUCUGAGCUUACUGUUCACAUCUUAAAAUAUAUUGGAAGAGGGCACGUCUGUUGUCCUUUCAUCCGCGACUCUUCACUCUUCAUUCAUUCAUUAUUUGUGACGCAGUGACCAAAAAAGGGACGGGCAUUAUCAUCCUCAAGACAUUUCUUGUAUUGCCUUUUUUAAAGCUAAACUUCAGAAAACGUGUCAACUUAAGCUCCAACCACUAGUUGGAAGGUCCGAUGGAAAAUUAUGAACGUGCGUGUCGGAGUGUGUGCUUGUUUUUUGCAGGUUUGAACGACUUGGUUCUUGAGCCUCUUAGAAAGCUUUUCUUCUCCUCUCAAGUUUAUGUGAAGGUUAGUCAAUACUUGUUUUUUUUUCUUUUGGGAAAAUGUUAACCUGGGGUUUUCACUUGACUGUCGUAAAACCAAAACCAAAGUAAAUACACUAGCCAACCAAUGGGCGUAGUAAAACCAAAACCAAAACCAAAACCAAUCCCUUUCGACAGUCAAGUGAAAACCGCUCUAAUCUCAACUAAAGCUGACUGAGUUUUGUCAUUUCACUUUCUACAGUGUAAGGUGUGUUUAGUGAGUUACGAUAGAACGCUUUCUGGAACUGUGUUAUUACUAAUCAAGCAACUGCUAAGAAAAUUUUCCAAAGCCACCGACAUCGUUCGUCGUGACCGUUUGAUUUGAGGACUGUGCUUCAUAUAUGGUCGCCUAAGUCAUAAUGUAUUGCUGUUGCUAUGAAUAUUAUUAUAGUUGUUGUUAUUCAUUCGUUUUUUAUUAAUCCUGAUGUAGUGCCAAGUGUUGUACUGCUUCACUGAGUUACUGAGAAAUUUCCUGGCUGUUGAGUUGCCACGGCAACAGGAAUUACUUCAGGAGGAGCAAUCUAAGAGAGCACGUGACUUAACUAGGUAAGCAUCAGACACGCAUUCGGGGGAGAGAGGGGCGGGGAAGGCGAAAUUUCGCCCCCUUCCGUGCGCCAACCUUAAGAAGAUAGACAAGGCGACUGGGUAUUAGUUAAGGGACGGGAGAGGGGAGAUGGGUAUCUGUUGUAUCUCUAGCCUAAUUUUUGAAAACAUACCUGCCGAAAUUGUAGCCGUUUGACUGACAAGAAACCAAAAAGGCAAGUUUCUUGUAUCCGAUAAGCCCGAAAAACUACACCAAGAAAGGAAAAGCAGAGAAAAAUAGACAUAGCCGGGGGGAAAGAAAGGAGGCGAAGAGAAAUAAUGCAAUGGUCGCACUCUCAGUUUUUAUAAAAUUAUAAAAAAACUACCUUGGUAGUAGCGUUUUAAAAAAUCCGGCUAGAUUAAUAUAAUGUAUUUUUUUUCGUCUGGGAGUUGUUCAGUGUUAUUGAAGCAGGGAAAAUUGAAAUAAACUCAAAUUCUAUUAGUUCAAAAAUGUAGUUGACAAAACUCUUUUUAAAACUUUUUUAGUGCCUAUCUGUAUGUAUAUGUCACCGUUCAAUUUCGACUCUGGUUUAAAUUGUAUUUUCCUCUGUUUUGAGGUAUGGUAAAUGUAUGAUGAUGAGUUUGCAAUAAAGGGGAAAAAAAUGCAAAUUAGUCAAGGACAAAAUGAAACCACAACAUUUAUAUUUUGGUUUUUACUGUUUAUCACUAAUUUUAGUUGGUGCUAACAGAAGAACACGUAACGUUAGUUUCUGAUCUUUACUACAGCGUAUCGUUAUUUGUUGAAGAUGAAGUAGAGUCGUUUGAUCCACUCAAGACAAUCUAUGACUUCAUUCACUUUGUGGACAGGAUCUGCGUCGUAGCGCUUCAGGUAUAAGACGUAACCAGGAGAGAAUGAUGUGAAAGGAAGAAAGGAAAACGCUCAGUCUAGCCCUAGGGAUAUGGGAACUUUCUCCAAAGUUAUUUUUAGACUAAUUAAACGCUUGAAUUAAUGGCAAUUUGGUUUCCGGAGAGGUCUGCAAACUUUAUUCAGUGUUGUCAAGAGAGAAUCCAACAGUCGCUAUUACAACCUUUUGCAUUUUUUGCUUUGAGGUAGUCUCGCGUAGACUUGAUGACGUUUCAAACACGCAAUUAUAAUUUGGGCCGGGAUGUCCCAGGAAUUAGACUUCUGUUUAAUUACAAGCUCUAAAUAUAACUGAAGUGAAAUUCACAUAUCCCGGCCAACGCACUAAGAUUCCUUCUUCGUGCCAUAAUUCUCUCUUAACGUAACUAAUCUAUCCUUCUAUUUCGGGGCACCUGCGGUGAUUUUAUAAGUCUGUCCCAUUCCUGUCUGUUGGCCAUGACAGAUGCAAGAUCCUAAAAUAAAUAUUGUUGCUGGGCGCUCUCUCGAGCGACUGCCGGGUUUUGGAUCCGAAAGAAGUAAUUGGGAAACAGUCUCAUUCUUGCUUCUCCAACAGUGGGCAAUAAACUUCAGCCGACAUAUCUGGAGACUUGUUGAAAUUGGAGGCAGAUCUCCGUAAAGCUCUUUGUUAGAUAAAUGGUAUCUCGAGCUUAUGUUCAGAUCAGCACGUAGCAGCCAUGUGAAGCAGCCAUCAAGUUGUUUUUCAGUGCAAAUAAAGGCAUGCAAAACAACGUCACAUGUGCAACUGUAAGUUUUCUGUGAAAAUGUGCAGUAGGCGUGAAGAGAGGCACAAAACAACGACCCAACUUAAGUGCGGCGGCGGAAAAAAUUAACCAAAACAACAACUUCAAAAACACCGGGAAACAGUUGUUUUUCGGGAAAUCGUACCUCCAGAAAAACCUGCUAUGGGUGAAAACACCGGAAAACAUGUGAUUUGUGAAAAAGGAAAGCGAAUUGUCGCCGAAUCCAGCGGUUUUGUAAGAGCGACACAUGGUCAAAAAGUGAUAAGGAAACAAUUUAGGUUUCGUUUUUUUCCGUUUUCCUUCGAUUUAUCGCAAACGAUUAACCCUGGAAGUAGAGAUUGGAAAAAUGUUAAGUGUUUUGUCUGUUUAUUUUACAGGUUGAAGGAGACCACGCCCUUUUACAACACUGGAUUCUGAAUUUUUUUGAGCUGGUGAGUUGGAACACUCUGGGCGCUUUCCAUUCAACCCAAACUUCUGGAAAUUUCGGUUGGUACAUCAAAUGGAACGGACCAUUUCGGUUUGGUCCGACCGGAAUAUUCGGGACCAGCUUUGAAGGUGGUCCACUUUGACCGGUCUGGGUUUUUCGGUCGGUCGGACUGAAAUGUCCCUUUUCAUUUGACAAAAUUGUUGUCCCCAGUACCGCUCUUUUGUAUCCUGCUUACAAGAGAACAAUAACAACAGGCGCGGUGGCUUGGGUCGGGUCUAUGCAACCGGAAUGUACCAUUACAUUGGGCACGUGAAAUUUCCGAAAUUUCAAACCGAAAUUUUUGUUGAAUGGAAAGCGCCCCCUGUUGUUAAUGAAAAAUUUCCCAUUUCAGAAAUAAGGGGAAUAGGUUCAAGCUUUGGCCGCAACGAUUUCUGGGAUAUUUUGGGUGGACAAGGGCUACUUAUGAUUGGUUAAUGGUUUCCUUGGAUACCAUCGACCGACCAGUCAUAACUAACGUUUUGUCCACCCAAAUGAUCCCAGAAAUCACUGCGCCCAAAGGUCAUAUCCAUUCUCCCUGGGGUUCCUGAACUGGAGAAUUGGUUCAUGCCAGCGCAUUUCAACCUCGUUUCCAGGGUUCUCUCCUACCCUCCCUAGGAGAGAGAAGCUAGGAACGAGGUCGAGCGUGCGUAUGUCGAGUUAUGAAUGCACGGGGGAGGUUUGUAGAGCACGAGAGGAGCGGAGUGAGAGUUGCUCGAGGCAUAGCCAAGGUCAAUUUUAGCAAGAGAGGAUAAAGAUCCUCUCUUGAUUUUAGCUUGGCGAGUGCUCUCCAAACUUCCCCCAAAUUCCAAAAAAGUUGACUUAAAUGGGAUUAAAUGGGAUGGCCGUUCUGAAACCACUUCUGUCUAAUAAGCACCUUGAUUGAAGAUUAGUUUGUUGCCCUUUUGUAUAUUUGUCUUUGUUUUUUGAUCUUUCAGGUGUCAACUUCCCACAGGCAGUUUUCUCUUCCUUUUGUCCUGAUUCCUUCGUCAGGAAUCAUCUACAGAAUGCUGUUUUCAAAUAAUUCUAUGGCAGUCUCAAGAUUAUGUCAUAUCAUUGUCAAGUAAGUAAUAACUGAAGAAAAAAGGCGAGGGGCCUGUCGAUUCAGGCUAAAACAAUUUGACCCUACAAUUCGAUCACCCGGGGCCGUUCAAUAUUUUCGCUCAAUUCGCACGGACCUAUAUACGGCUGAGCGUCUACAUUUUCGUACGCCGGGUUAAUGUUGUUCCGUGUGAACGGAAAAACUAAAUGCACGAAUUUUCAACCGGUCCGGUGCUGUGCGGUGUAAACGUAGCCUCAAACUAAGUACGAUAGAGUGAUUUUCGUAUGACCUUGAAAAAUGGUUUCGGUAAGUGUUCGUUAUUUGUUUUUUCAGCCAAUGGAUUAAAAGAUCAAAACAUGGACUCUUCGUUUUCCCGCCAAAGAAAAGCCUAAUAUGGAGAAGGCAUUGUUCGAUUGGCCAAUCGUGUUGAAGUAUGACGUCAAAGCAAAGUAUCGGUUGAUUUCUAGAAAGUUCUCAGGCAUGAAAUUUUUUCACCCGAGCGUUCGCUUAACCAACCAAAAGCCACCCGUGUUUGUAUCUGUUCAAUAAACCAACCAAGUCGCUCUCUUUCCGUUCGUUUGUUGUUUCUGUUUUGUUGGCGAGUUUUGAUUUUGGGGUGAUACGAAAAUCGCUCUAACAACGUGAAAUGCAAAUGAAAUGGGACGUCUCGUUGAGGACGUGAACACACGGUUACGAGUUUUCCUUUCUCGUUUCAAACUUGGACGCGUCCCCUCAGUAAUAAUGAAACUCCAGAAAAAUUCGCCUACAUACCUUUGGACAAAAUGAUUGGAUUACAGUAAUCGCCAUGAGGGCUGAACCAACGUCGUUUCAUCAGCUGAAGUAACCUGGGGCCGGUUGCUCGAAGCCUGGUUAGCGCUAACCGUUGGUUAAGAGGUAUCAAAAUGUAUAGGUUUCCAUGGUAUUUAACGCUGGUUAGCACUAACCAUGCUUCGAGCAACCCGGGCCAGGACGACAACGACGACGAUCAAAACAUCAGCUCUGCACGUGCAUCACGCUUUUUAGUACAUUUCUUUGACGUCCACUGCACGACUGUGAAACCUCCGAAUGCUUCGUUUUAUGGAGGAAGUGAACAUACGACGACGAACUUUCCUUUCUUUCUUAAACUAAUUCCAAAGUCUUUAAUAUCGAUCUAUUGCUUUCAGUUACAAGAAGGAGUUUGAAUCGCUCAAAAUAUCGCAAGGAGAAUCUCAGGUACGUUUAUAAGGGCGAAGGGAAGGGGGCAAUGCACAGAUUUGCUGUUAAGAUUUUGCCUGGUUUCUUGUCGUUGGCUAAGACAAUUGCCAUUAGAAGAAAUUUUACCGUAAUUGAAUAAGGCAGCCGUACGAACGUUGAUCCAGCGAAUGUGGUCACGGCGAUCCGCAAAAUUAAACUCCCGCAAGCCUCCCGCAAAAAUUUCCCGCCACACGGUAUGUAGCUCCGCACUGUGUAUCUACUGUCUAGAACCGACAAGAGCUCAGUGGUCAAAGCGCCUGACUGGUGUCUGAAUUGGAUUGGUGAUUGUCAUUCCCACCGGGCACGCGGACAUAUGGAUCUUAUUCCUUUGCCCCACGCUUGUGUCGACAUGACAAGUAUAACAUCUCUCUCGGGUUUAUUCUUUGUCAACAGAGCACUCCGCUAGCAUUUCCCGAUGGAUUCCAAAGUAUACAGAGAUUCAAUCAGUACAUUUUGGAUAUUUGCGAUAGUCUGUGGCGAAACAAAGCUUUCAUAGAUAGAGAGAAAUCCUUUUGUUUCAGCAUUCCAAGGUUGGUGAUAUACCGUCGAUUGCAUUUAAGCGUGGACACGAGAAAAGAAAACAUGUUCUAAUAGAGUGCUAGACAUGACAUGUUUGGCCGCCAAUCAUUUGAGGUUUGACGGCCAUCAAAGCAAACUGUUGCGCCAAAGUUUUAAGUUGUUUAUAUGUUUUUGAGCAUCGCGUUUGGAUCAUCUUUUAUUUUUCACAACUUUCAGGAAUAUUUUUCGCUUAGAAACAACGCACUUGCUUUUAAGAAUUAUCCUUUGGAGUUUACAACUCCAGACUGAUUCUUCUCAACGGAGAGAAAGCAAAUCAAGUCGACAAACAGCCGCCUACUUUGCAUGUGAACUCUCGUCUAACGCCAUCCCAAACGUCGAAUGUUUGGCGGCAAAACAUGUCAUGUUUGCAUCCUUUUCGUCACGUGUCCACGCUUACAUGUAACCAGGAGAUAGAUAGUAAGUCGAAGAUCUGCUAAGCAACGGAAGUAAUGCUUUCUUUGACUGCAGCUGCGUCAUAGAGUUACCGUAUUUACUCAAAUAAGCGUCGCAUUCGGGGGAAAAAUAAUCACCGCGGCCCUGAUAUAAUCGAAAUCGAAAGGCUACAUUUCUUUGUCGCAUCCAACUUUCAAAUACGUAAAUGCCACCCUCGAAUAAACGACGCACUUGAAGCGUAACAAAUUCGAUAAGCACUCUCGCUGGCUUUACGAAUAAAAAAAAUGAAAAUGCUCAAAACGAUGAGGGAAGUUGAAAUCGUUGAGACGCAAGUACUGAGAAGGAGAGAAGAAGAGCGGUAUGUGAGGUCCCGUCUCUCCCUUAAAGCAGUAUGUAUUCACUCUGCAGCCGUCGUUUGGGGCCAAAUUUAAGAAAACAGCCGCUUGGUUUAGCGUGAACUUUUAGAGAGAAACAAGAGCGUGGGACAUAGAAAGAAUCUAAGUUUCCUUUAGAAUAAGAACUCAUAAAAUCCAAGUUACUUUCUUUUUAAGCUCAGUGACUGACUCUCUUGCUGUGCGCCACAUGAACGAGUUGUUUUCAAUUCAUCACCACAUAUCAUUGGUGGGAGAAGCUUGGACAUUUCUUCAUCAGGUGAGGGACUGAUUGCUUCUUCACGAGUUGUCAAGUUAAACACGUCAAUACGAAAUUCUGCUUUCUCCAGUCGCAACUUCCCUAGCUUGCUUAGGAAUAAACCCUUUCGAAGCUUUCGCAUCUGGUUUAGAAUCUGAAUCUGACUUAAUAUUUUCUUUUCAAAUUUCAAGACUCAGUCUGAAGGCAUGAAGCUCACUCCAAGUUUAAUUAAGGUAAGGACUUGCCCGCAAGAUCAUUUUAACGAUAAACUUUUACCUUGAAAACGAACUUAAGGAUUUUUUCCUUAUCUGGUAAAAACAGAUUCCUUGAGCGUAAACAGACUAAAAACUUGACACGUGUGACUUCACUAAACCAAUCAAAUUGGUACCUAAAUUUUUUGUUCGUUUGUUGUCUUCCUUCGUAAACUUUACACAAAAAUCGCUCAAUGACUUCCUUGGCCUACGUGAAAGAUGCUAAAAAAUGGGAAGCCGAUUUCUACCAAGUAUUCUGCCCAGCUUGGCCAUUGUCAGUGCUUUAAAAACAGACAGAUGUUUCUUGUUAUUUUCUCUUUUGCAGGGCCGAUCAAGACGUGCUUACAUGGACUAUUUAAAACAGAGGAAUAUUGGGGGUAUUCUUGUCUUCCUGGAUACGUUUAUCAGACCACGCUCGUGAAAUCCAUAUGGAAUCGCUGUGGCUUGGAGG